ACCAGUAGCAGCGUCCGUGUUUUUCGCUAACGUGUUUUUAGCAUGUGCUGGCUGUGGAAAGAGUCUCUGUUUGGAAUUAGCAAGCCCAAAAUCAUAUGGUAUUUCCAGUGUUGUCUCUGUUUUUACGUUUUUGUUAAACCUAACGUUUUUUUUUAGAAUGACAUAUAUGUAAAUAUAGAUAAGAGCUUUAGCUAGCUUGAUAUCAGACUGUCAUGCGUUCUCCCUAAGAGCUACUAUAGAUUACAACUAUGAAAUAUGUAAGUGGGAAUAAUAGAAAUACUUCACAAAUGUUAAGGACAUUGUGUAUGAUUUUUCCUUUCCAACCCAAAGACAGUAAAUGCUCGUACAACCAUUAGUUACUUUUCAUGCUAGUAUCAUAAUUUAAUCAUUUAAUUCAAGCCUGAGAGCUUCUUAGAGAAAAACAUGCUGGUCAUUUCUCAGCAAGUCUGAAAAACAAGCUAUUUCGAGCUGUAAUUUUAAAAAUUUUCUUAAAAUAACUAAAUAAGAGACGUAAAGUGUGUCAUUAAAAGAUGACGAGACUUGAAGUCCAUGUACUAUAAACUUCACUGAAUGUGAAAAGUAGAGAAAAAUUCUGAUAAUUCUUUUGUAGUUCUGAAGCUUUAUUAAAAUAUCUCAUUUUUUUGUGCAGGACCAAACAGCUUUAGGUAAAACUUCUCAAUGUGUAUACAGUGUUUUUCUUUGUUACCUGUUGAAAUUCAAUGAUAAAGUAGUUAUACUGGUUAUACUGUACUGGUGCAUGUGGACCAAUACAGAUACCUUUUCAAUUAAACAUGGAGGCUACAUCACCAGCAUCAUCUAAUGAAAACAAAAGAAAGAGCCUUGUCACUGCUGAACAUGAGAGGACCAAGAGAUUAAAAACUGGACAGGAAUGUGAUCAGGUGCCUUUGGACGUCCACCCAACCCGCUCACCGAGGAUCUCUGUGCUUCUCGAGCACCUCAAGCAGCCAGUUACACUGAAUGAGCUGACAGAGCUGCUGCAUUAUGCUGCACUGGGGAAGUCAGUCAAAAAGCCCAGCUGGUGUCGUUUCCAUAAGCAGAGGAAGGUUCAGGGUGUGAAUGUUGUGAUAGUGCAGGACGUUACUCAGAGUCACUUUUACAAACAUUACCUUUCCCUGCCAAACCUCAGGAAAAACUACACCACUAGGGUCACAUUCACUCCAUCGUCGCACAACAUAGCAUCAGGAAUCUUCAGCAGUGAAGUCACAAAAUCAGACAGUCCAGCUAUUUUCCAAACAGAGGAGGAGAGCAAUGGACUGCACAAAGCACUGAAAAAGCAUCCAGUAAUAAUCAAAUUUGGGACAGAGAGGAGAGGACUGACAGCGUAUGUCCUCAGUCAAGAGGAAAUGAUCAAGAACAAUUACCCAGUAAAAGGGCUGCCAGGCUGUGAGGAGUUUGUUUGUACUGACAGUGCUGACUUUGUGACGGACAGCAGCCCCUUGUAUGGACUCGACUGUGAGAUGUGUUUGACAGCCAAGGGAAAUGAGCUGUCCCGUGUUUCUCUGGUGGACAGCAGUGGGAAGUGUUUGCUGGAUGAGUUAGUGAAACCUCCAAACCGUAUUUUGAACUACCUCACAAAGUUCUCAGGUAUCACUGCAGAGAUGUUGCGGCCAAUCAAGAUGACCCUCCGCGAUGUUCAGCAGAAGCUCAGAGAUCUGUUGCCGAGGGAUGCGGUUCUUGUCGGUCAUUCAUUACACUGUGACCUCAGGGCUUUGAAAAUGAUCCACCGGCAUGUCAUCGACACUUCACUGCUGUACAGGAAAGAGUUUGGACAGAAAUUUAAGCUCAAGAUCUUGGCCGAGACUCUGCUCAAGAGGCAAAUACAAACUGAAGAGAAGAUAGGCCAUAAUCCUACAGAGGACGCUGUGGCAGCCUUGGAGCUGGCCCAGUACUUUAUUAAAACAGGACCUUGCAAGGUUGUGGAGAGUCAUCUGGAGGAGCUGUGGGGAUAUACAAUAGAGGAUGAAUCUGAAACUGAAUGCACACCAGCUCCACCACCAAGUACAAGGUUUUCUGAUGUACUGCAGAUGGUCGGCCGGUCCGUAACCUUCUCAGGGAAACGUUCAGACGUCGUCCUGGAAUUAUCCAAACAGCAGUGGCACAAGUCAGACAAAGAGGUUCUGGACUCUUUCAGGAAACAGACCACGUGUCCUUUCGUCUCAGUGCUUCAGUUAUCUUCCUUCUCGGAGCCGUCGACGACUGGUCUCCCUCAUCAGCAGCUCCACAGAAUGUUCUCAAGUCUGCGAGAUAUGUGCGUUGUGUUCGCUGGGCCAUUCCCACCAGGUUUCAGUGAGAAGGAUGUGAGGCGACUGUUUGGCUGCUGUGGACCUGUUCAUAAAGUCAAAGUGCUCAACACAACUGUCAGGGUUCAUGCAGAGGUUGAGUUUGAGCUGCUGGAGGCUGCUCUGGUGGCUCUGAAGACUCUGAAUGGAGUGAAAGUGCAAGGACAGUCCAUCAAGGUCCAGAGGCCGGUUAAUGAGUCGACGCUGGACCUGGAUGUGACUCUGGAUGCUCUGAUGAGUGAUUCUCUGAACAGCAGUCAUCUGUAUGCUGUUCAAGUAAAGCCCAACACAGCGGAGUACCCACUCUGUACUGCAAAACUCAAUGGACACACUUCGUAUUCACUCGUCCCUAAUGUUAAAAACAGCCGUAAACAAACUAAAGUAAACGGCUCGAAGGGAGAAACGUCUGAUCUGUGUGAAGAGACGCUCAGAGAGACAUUCAGCUGGUUUGGGUCAGUGGAGAGGAUCAUCCUGCCUACAAAACCCGGGAAACGGUCACAACAUGCGUAUAUAAAGUUCGACUGUUCGGAGAGCAGACAAGCAGCACUCGACUCCUCCGAGGAUCUACGGAGACACAACUACCUCGUCUGUCCAUCUCUGACACCGGCACACCUGCCUUCAUGGGUUUCCAUGACGACGCCAGCGCCCACAGCGGACACCGACCGGGGCGUCGCCAUAGAGGACCAGGAAAUGGAGCGUAAGAUGAGGAAGUUGGACAGACAUCUGGGGAAACUGUUCAGAUUUCUCCCAGAAGGCAUGUUGUCUGUGGUCCUUCUGCUCGGACACACAAGCGAUCACAGCCACAGUCCCGGUUUGUGCCUUUUGGACAUCAAGAAAACGACCAUCCAAACUUGACGAAGAUAAAUAUUUAACGACUCAUCACCACAAACAUUAAAUGUGACAAAUAUGUUUUAUAAUGAG